UAAUAUUACGUCUUUCUCGAACCUUCUUCUCUUGCAAUUCCUUCUCCUCUUCCUCAGCCAUCCGCCUCCAUCCUUAAGAAGCUCGUAAUUUCAUUCAACAUCUGAAAUCAAUCAGCCAUGGGUGGAGGCAACGGCCAGAAAGCCAAGAUGGCUCGUGAGAAGAACAUGGAGAAGCAAAAAGCUGCUAAGGGAAGCCAGCUUGAGACUAACAAGAAAGCUAUGACUAUCCAGUGCAAGGUUUGCAUGCAGACUUUCAUCUGUACCACGACGGAGGUGAAGUGUCGAGAACAUGCUGAAGCAAAACAUCCCAAGUCUGAUGUGUAUGUUUGCUUCCCACAUCUUAAAAAAUGAUAGGGAAGGUGCGAAAAUAUGAAAUGUCAUGUUGAGAUGGGUUGUAGAAUACUUGUUAUGUACUUUGGUCUCUUUGAAGGAUUUCAUGAUUGUGGGUGCUACCCUUCACAAUAUUUGAUUUGCCAAAUCCAUGUUCUGUAAGAUUCAGGGGAAAUGUUUAUGAUGGAAACAUUGAACGCUGCUCCUGCAGGACGAUUUCUGCAACAA